AUGGAGUCUCACAUUGACACGAAACUCCAGAUGUUUAGAAUUGUGGCCUAUUCUUCCGUGGUGUUCUCUGUAAUUGGAGCUGUUUCACUCUGCGUCACGCUUCCUAUGAUGUUUUCUUACGUUCAAAACACGAAACUUCAAAUCUCGAAAGAAUUGACGCAUUGCAAAACAUCAGUUCACAAUAUCUGGUUCGACCUUACUGAAUUCAGUGAUAUUCCACAUAACCGAACAGUUCGUGGUGCGUAUGCAACUGCUGGCGGAAACUAUGGACCCAGGGGUAACGGUGGCGGUGGAUAUAGAACACCGAUGAUGAGAGGAGGAAAUAAUGGAGGCAAUCAAAGACCACCGAUUGGAGGAAUGAGAGGAGGCAAUAGGGGGUAUGGAAACACUAGACCAGCUUCAUUUGUGAACGCGCCAAGAACUUCUGGCGGUAGUUGUAAAGGUUGCUGCAAUCCUGGACCACCCGGACCAGCAGGUCGCCCUGGUAAAUAUGGAAGACCAGGAAAACCGGGAGCACCAGGGAACCCUGGAGCAUCUGGAAAAUUUGCGUCUGCCCCUUGUCAAGCUUCAACUCCACCGCCAUGCCGACCUUGCCCACCAGGACCGUCUGGUCCACCAGGUCCACCAGGACAACCUGGACCUCCAGGAGGAAUGGGUCCACCUGCCCUACACUCUUCUCCUGCUCCAGGCCCAUCAGGCCCUCCUGGACCACCAGGAAUCCCAGGACAACCAGGAACACCCGGAACUCCUGGAGGACCUGGACAACCUGCAUCAAGUAUGACCACUGGCUCGGCUGGACCAGGACCAAUAGGCCCACCUGGCCCCAUGGGAGCUCCCGGGCCUGAUGGGCAAGGUGGUAGUGCGGGAUCAGGACCACCUGGUCCACCGGGACCGCCUGGACCAGCAGGGAGACCAGGAAGCGAUGGAAAUCCUGGAGGUCCAGGACAACCCGGGACGUCAGGAGGAUUUGGGGAGAAAGGAAUUUGUCCGAAGUACUGUGCAAUCGAUGGAGGAAUCUUUUUUGAAGAUGGAACUCGACGCAGAUGA